AAACGUAGAACGGCGCACAGAAACCGGGAUAUUAUUCCAUCUAAACUGACAAGCCAAACACUAGCAAGGAUGUCGCGUUUCAAAGGAUGUGCCAAAGUAGAUUCCAAAGCAGGAUUCAGAACAGAGAAAGAGGAACCGGCGGUUCCAUAUGGAUUAUUGAAGACUGCCAGAAAAAGCGGUCAACUAAACCUGUCUGGUCGGGGUUUGACUGAAGUACCCCAAAGUGUUUGGCGACUGAAUCUUGACACCCCGGAAGAGGCCAAACAGAACGUGACUUUUGGUUCCGAUGACCGUUGGUGGGACCAGACAGACCUCACCAAACUCCUGCUCUCCUCGAACAAGCUAGAAGUUCUGUCAGAGGAUAUCCGUUUACUGCCUGGUCUGCUAGUCUUGGAUAUUCAUGACAAUCAGCUAAGCAGCAUCCCAGCAGCAAUCGGAGAGUUAACUCAGCUGCAGAAACUUACCCUGAGUCACAACAAGCUGAAGGAGCUUCCUGUGGAGGUGUGGUCUCUGAAGAACCUGCGAUGCCUUCACCUGCAGCACAACCAGCUAGAGGAGCUGUGUGCGGAGGUGGCUCUGCUCACCGACCUGGAGGAGAUGGACUUGUCCUCCAACCAGCUGACUUCUGUCCCGGACAGCCUUGGUAACCUGGGCAGCCUGGUGAAGCUCAGCCUGGCUAACAACCACCUGAAGAGCCUUCCUGGUGGCAUCAGCACCAUGAGGAACCUGCGCCUGCUUGACUGCACCCACAACCAGCUGGAGAGCAUCCCAUGCAUCCUGGCUGAGAUGGCGUCCCUGGAGCAGCUCUAUCUCCGACACAACCGCCUCCGCGCUCUGCCCCAGCUGCCCGCCUGCCGAAGCCUUAAGGAGCUGCAUCUGGGCAACAACCAGAUCGAAGCCGUGGAGGCGGAGCUUCUGGAGCACCUUGGCUCUCUGAGUGUUCUAGAACUGAGGGACAACAAGGUGAAGAGCCUGCCGGAGGAGAUCUCUCUGCUGCGCAGCAUAGAGCGCCUGGAUCUGGUCAACAACGACAUCAGCGCCCUGCCCAGUUCUCUAUGCCUGCUUCCUCAGCUGAAGAUGUUGACUCUGGAGGGCAACCCCUUGAGAGGCAUCAGGAGAGACAUCCUGACGAAAGGCACCAACGAGCUGCUCAGAUACCUGAGAGGGCGACUGAAAGAGGAGCCAGACGGGGGUCCGGGGGAGGAGCCAACCACUGCCAUGACCCUGCCCAGCCAGGGUAGGGUCAACCUCCACAACGUCCGCACUCUCAAGAUCCUCGACUACAGUGGGAAGCAGGAGGCGUGUGUUCCUGACGAUGUCUUUGAGACAGUGGGGGGAGAAACCGUGACAACGGUCAACUUCAGCAAGAACCAGUUCACUGCUGUGCCACCCAGGCUGGUUGAGCUGAAGGACUCGCUGUCAGACCUCAACCUGGGAUUCAACAAGCUGCCCUGCCUCUCUCUGGAACUCUGCAUGCUGCAGCAGUUGGUGCAUUUAGACCUCAGGAACAACCUCCUUACUGCCCUGCCGAUGGAGUUGGAAGCCUUGAUGAAACUGAGGAGCAUCGUCUUGUCUUUCAACAGGUUCAAGUCCUUCCCGGAGGUCAUGUACCGCGUGGUUACCCUGGAGACCAUCCUGUUCAGUAACAACCAGUUGGCGGCGGUCGACGCGCUGCAGCUGCGCUCUCUGGGUGUCCUCUCCACCCUGGACCUUGCCAACAACGACCUCAUGCAGGUUCCCCCUGAGCUGGGGAACUGCACCAGUCUGAGGGCUUUGAUGUUGGACGGAAACCCGUUCCGGAACCCCAGAGCGGCGAUUGUUGCCAAGGGGACCGAAGCUCUGCUAGAGUACCUGCGUAGCAGGAUCCCGGCCUAGCCAAUCAAAUCCAAGUACAGCCACUCCACAGCCAAUCAGCUCAGGAGAGGUUGUGAAUCACCAACUUGGCGUUGUGUCUAAUGAGAACUUAAGGCAUUCCAAUCCACAAACUCACUCAGUAUGUACCUAUUUGUCUAGAGGUAUUUACAAUUAAUCCAAUGCUCUGUUGAUUUCACAGACAUGUGAAAUUAACCCAAGUAAAACAAAAAUUGGGGAAUAAUGUUUUAACUGACUGAAAAUCUAUUACUUGUUCUGGGUGUUUUGCCUGUGUGCAUGUUUAUUUUAGAAUGUGUUCAUCAUUGCAAGACAAUCUUCCACCCACAGCACAUAUACUGACAUUCACACUGGGGAUCAUUUUGUCCCAAUGAAACAUCAUGUGUUCAUCCGUGUGUGUCUGCAUGCACCCCAUGUGGUGAUUUAUGAUAUAGUGAAUGCCAGAUGUCUGUGGACGAUAUGUGUGUUGUGUACACAUCCAAUAAACAUCAAUCAGCUGACGCAUUUUUGGGAACGCUGUUGUCUCUCUGUCUCAUAAUGAUGACCUCACGCUUAGCAAGGUCCAUCUCUAUCACGCUGUUGUCAUGCGGUAGCGCUGCUUAGAUACGGUACCAACAGACAGCCCACCAGGAAAAUAACAAUGGUGACAUUUUUCUUUUUAUUGUUUGUACAAUAGAGACUUUAGUACAUUAUUGAAAACACCUCUUAUAUACUGAAAAACUGUUCACCCAAAGCUGAAAAUGGCUCUGGUAUUUGUGGCACAUAUUUUUUGUCCAUUUUAUACAUAUUUCUGUAAAAAUGUAUCUUGAGUAUGUACAGGUAGUCUGCAAAAUGCAUUCUUAUCACAUGAUAUAAUAUAUACUUCGGCAAUUAAAUUUCUUUGUGUUACAGAAAUAAAACCGGAAGAAUUUAAACUUGCAUGUGCAAAUAAAUAAAUUGUAUAAUAAACUUACUGAAUCUGUCCCAACUAAA